GAGCCACCGCGGAGGGAAACACGAAAAAGAUUUCGAAGCUCCUGAAGUUUGUGCUCCUCAGCCACCGCCUCACGACACUCAUCGUUCUCCACCCAGCCCGACAGUGGAAGCGGCACCCCUAACAAGGAGAGAAAACACUCCUAGGACACCUUUCUUUUCAACACUUCUCACACACCAGGAAGCCAACCUUCCGCCCUCUCUUCUCACGUGACCGCAACGGGUACUCGCCUUCCCACCUCCAUGCUGGAAAUAGUCUCAUAGCACCAGUGGCGAAGCAUGCCGGGAUUUGUAGUCUCGCUUUCAGAUUCCGCGAUACGGAGCCGGGGAGAACGAAGAGAGACAGGCGAGAGAGGAUAUAAGCGUGCGUGAGAGUCAACGGUGAGGGUUCUUCCCAGCAUACAACGCGGGGAGAUAGAGCAAAUCGGGAUUUGUAGUCCAGUGUUUGGCGAAACUGUGGUGUGAGAAGAUUUACCUUGUAUCGCGUCCCUCCUUUGUUUUCUCACCUCGGAGGAGAAGGAGCUACUGUUUGCCAUCUCUAAAGCUACAGCCCUGUUCACUCUUAUCUUGGAAGGAAACAAGUAUUCCACUCUGAUUUAUAAGAGUGAAGAUUCUAUUAUAUGGAUUCUGUAUCAGAUAAUUUUUAUUUAGAUAAAGUAUGGGUACAAUGUGAGAACAGCAGCUGUUUAAAAUGGAGACUCUUACAACAUGAUGAUACAACACAUAUUGAUCGCAACGCACCAUGGUAUUGUUAUAUGAAUCCUGAUCCUUGGUUUAAUAAAUGUUCUGUUUCUGAAGAACAUUUUCCUGAGGAGUCUCAGUUUCAAAAACAUGGAUUAAAGUAUGUGUAUUCAAAGCUUCCUCUAGGAAGCUUAGUUUUGGUGAAAAUGCACACAUGGCCAAGGUGGCCUGGCAUUCUUUGUCCUGAUCCUGUUACUGGAGAAUAUGUGACAUAUGACUUGGAUGGAGAUGUUGAAAGUCAUCAUGUAGAGUUUCUGGGGAAACCCCAUUCCAAGAGCUGGGCCGCCAUAAAAUCCAUUACCUAUUAUCCUAGCUCAUUCAAGCUCUUCCCUUGUGCUCUGUGGAGGCACGAGGGAGGAAGUGGAGAGUCAGACAGCGCUGGAGGGCAAGGAGGAGUAGAAGGCAGAAGCAGCAGAAUCGAAGUGAAGAGCUGUGGAGAUGUAAUAAAGAAUAAAGAAGCCAAAACAAAAACAAAAUCUGACAUGAUCACAUGCAACAAAACAGAAAAAAACUGGACAAAGAGUUGUGGCGGGGGAAGUAGCUGCAGAACUGGAAGAAAGAAAAAGAGAAGAAUGUUUACAAGUUCACUUGAAAUAGCAGGCUCAGAAGAUCCAUUGUCAAAUGAAAAUCUAGUUGUUUCUGAGACAGAAAUUAUACUAAAAGAUUUGGACCAAAUUAUCAAGCAUAUUGCAGCCCCCUCCAGCCCAUCUUUUGCAUCAUUUGUGGAUGGAGAGAACAAUCAUGUGAGGGAAGAGGUAGCUAACUGCUGCUUGCAGUUAACUGAAAAAAGGCCAAUGGAAAUCAGCACCCAAGAGGACUGUAUUAUAAUUGAUGGAAAAGCUUUCAAGGCUGGAGAGUGCAUUGAGAGCAUAACAGACAGGUUUAAGGAAAUAGAUUCUUUAAUGGCUGAAUUCCAAGACAGCUUGUAGCACUGAUAAGAAAGAACCUAUUAUACUAUUUACAGCUUUAGAGUGCAUUCUUUUUCACAUAUAUAGGGAGUUCCUUAACAGCAGUUCAACAAUGUAGUUAGUGUGAAGUUAGACUCAGUUUAACAGAUUUGUUUGCUUUGUUCAUUGAUAAAAUUGCUACAAAACUUA